CUGUAGUACGCUCCCAAGGCCCCACCGGAUACCGGUUAGGUUGAGCGUACCGUAGACCGUAGAAUGCCUAUCGGCAGGGACAUUCCAGCGUGUCAGUCGCCACGAAGCCCUCUCCUCAUUCAGCCACUCGUCAAUCCACCAAACAUCAAUAUAAAUUGCUAUAAUGACACAAUAAAUGGAUAAAAACACGUGGGGAAUUAUUAAUCGAUAGUGUAGCGUAACAAAUUGAAGAACAAAUGCGAAGUUAACUUUGCAUUUCCCUUAAUUUGACAGCCGGGCCCAUUCCACAGCGGUUGGGCCCAAAGUGCGCUUGGCGUUGCGACUGCGCGCGCAUUCUCAUAUUCGUGAAGUGUUUGAAUUUUGGAUGAGAAUUCAGUUGUGAAUUUAACGCUAAUUUGGAAUAUUAAUUUUGUGAAAGGUGAAGUGUGUUGAUGAGAUUGAGGCGGUUGGGGGUGAUGGACUCGAGAAGUUACGGAAAAGUGGGCCUUGUAUUAUCGCAUCAGUGGAUUUGGAGGUUUUUGCGGGAAUAAAUUUUUUGAAAAUUUUCCGUCAUCGAGCUACUGAGGGGGGUGAACAUCCACCAGAAAGGAUUAAUAUUCAAUUCGAUACGGUCUCGGUGGAGUUCACGUUGCCCUAGGGAAUGUGAAACGUCCUUGAAUCUCGGGGGGCUUUUUAUCACCUUGAGGUUUAUUUUUUCGAGGCGUGUGGCAAGGAUGACCGUGCCAGAAGAAAUGGCUGCGGAAGCUGCUAACAAAAAGGCUGAACGCGAAGCACUUGGUGGGGUUAUUGAACAAUGGAACGCCAAUCGACUGGAUCUCUUCGAGCUAUCGGAACCAAACGAAGACUUGGAAUUUCAUGGAGUCAUGAGAUUCUACUUCCAAGACAGUGGUCAAAAAGUAGCAACAAAAUGCAUUCGUGUGGCCUCAGACGCAACUAGUCAGGCUGUGAUCGAAACCCUUAUCGAAAAAUUCCGUCCCGAUAUGCGCAUGUUAUCUGUUCCUGAAUAUGCACUUUACGAGAUCCAUGAGAACGGAGAGGAGAGAAAGUUGGGGCUUGAGGAGAAGCCACUGCUCGUUCAACUCAAUUGGCAUAUUGACGAUAGAGAAGGACGAUUUCUUCUCCGUCGAAUUGACGAUAAAACUAAUGCUCAGGGGGUAGGUUUUGGUGAAGGCACGAGUUUUAGACGAAAAUUGAGUAAACGAGAGAAAAAGCAGAUGAAGAAACAGGAGAAAUUGAGCCGUCUUAAGAGUGCUGAACAGGAUGAGAGCACAAUGCCAGUUGAUCAGAAUGGUGUUGCUGAAAAACUUUAUACUGAAUUACCUGAAACGAGUUUCACCCGGAGUAUUUCAAAUCCGGAAGCUGUGAUGCGUCGCCGUAGACAGCAGAAACUCGAGAAAAAACUGCAGCAAUUCCGUAGUAAAGACGGUGGUCCCGAUACUGGGGGAACAUUAAAAAUUUAUGGUGAAGCCCUGUGCAAAGAUGUGCCUUACAAGACCCUUUUGUUAAGUGUCAGAGACUCGGCGGCUCAGGUAGUCAGAGAGAUGCUGUCCAAAUACGGGCUUGACAAGGUUGAUCCACAGCAGUAUUGUUUGGUGCAGGUCAAUGGUGAAGCCACCAGUGGCAAUGCUCAUCAAGAAUACAUCCUCGAUGACGACGAGUGCCCCCUGGCGAUACUAAUGAACCAUCCCUCAACACGCGGCUCCAUAAUGUUUCACGUGAGGAGAAGACCAGCGGAUUACGUACCAAGAAAAAGGAAGAAGAAACCGGCUGGGAAAUGGAGUGAAUUUGAUCACAGGUACGAGGAUGAGAGAUUGCCAUUUCUCUUGGAGCUCAACCCCGACGGCACUGAAAUUCCUGGUGGAGCUGGGGUUAAGCAUCGCCUCCAGCCUAAUGUUACUGAAGUGGGAUCUGAGAGGCCUAUCGGUCCUCAAGCUGUACAGGCCCAAACACUGACUCUUACCGGGCCCACUGUCAUGCCUAGGCACUGCGUUGUCGCUUUCACAGAGAACAUUGUUACCCUCACACCUUGCUCCAGAGAUGCCCACACUUAUGUUAAUAAUCAAAGGAUACAUCAGACCACUAUUCUACAGAAUGGUGCCAUCAUCAAAUUCGGCCGAAUGCACACCUUUCGGUUCAUUGAUCCAACCCCAGAGGAUCGCAUUAGGCAACGUCAGGAGCCCAGUAGACAGAUGGAUUACGUAUAUGACAGACGCUCGCCAGACAUGAACAACCAGGACGUGAAUUCCGAGAAAUAUAGAUCGGGCUCAGGGACACCGAAUGAUGGUCCAGAUUCAAAUCCACCGAGUCCAACAAAAUCAGCAGCAGCUAAUCCCCGGAGUCCCACAAAUGCACAUCCCAUUGAGAAUACACACAAUUACGAAACGACAUUUGAUUUAGAUGGAAAUGUUGAAACAGCCAGUUUGACCAGCAGUCGUGAUAGCAACAGAUUAUCCCAACAAUACGAUCGCCAGCCUCGCGGAACCGAUCCAAUUCUCCCAGCAGUUUUGGAAUUCCUCGAAGAAACCGAAGAGGCAUUCCUUCACGCAGUUAUAACCGACGUUGAGCCAUCUGCUCCUCAAUUCAAAUUAGCCCCAACUUACACCCUGUACCUAGCUGCUCGCUACCGCGCUAGUACCCACUACCGGCCCGAGCUCCAACCGACCGAGAGGGCACACAGAUUGACCGUAAUGCUAGCAAACGUUGCUACAAUGAUUCAACGAGUGAUUCAAGAGCGUUAUAUGGACGCAUCAUCCCUGGCUCUCUGGUUAGCCAAUGGUUCUGAAUUACUACACAUGUUGAAGAGUGAUCGACACGUCGGUGCAUUCUCAACACGUGCCCAGGACAUCUUGGCUGAAGCUGUACAGACUGCAUUUGCUUCAUUGGUAAGAUGUGUAUCCUUGGAAUUGGCACCAGCAAUGUCACAAUUUAUGGCUGAUGCUGAUGAGCCAGCGAAGGAAGCCGGUGUUUUACAAAUAUUUUCAAACACUAUGGCCCUACUUCGGCGGUGUCGCGUUAAUGCCGCUUUGACUAUUCAACUGUUUAGUCAUUUGUUCCACACGAUAAACGCCACGGCUUUCAAUGCCUUAGUUUCAAACGGCAAUCUGUGCGUUCGUUGGUUCGGUAGGCGUUUAAAAACCCGGUUAAAUGCCUUGGAAACGUGGGCCGAGAGACAAGGUCUUGAGCUCGCCAGUCAAUGUCAUCUUGCUACGAUAAUGCAAGCAACACAUCUACUUCAAGCGCCCAAGUACAAUGCCGAGGAGUUGGCGACAUUGAGCUCUACCUGUUUCAAGCUUAAUUCCCUUCAAGUGAGAGCACUUCUGCAGAAGUAUCAACCGGCUGCUGAUGAGCCUCGAUUACCACCAGAAUUAAUUGAAAAUGUCGUGAGGAUUGCUGAAAGUGUAGCUGAUGCAUUGGCUAGAGCUGAUGGUAGAGAAAUCAGACUUGAGGAGGAUCCAACACUUGCUUUGGCUCUACUUUUACCUGAGGAUGGCUAUAGUUGUGAGGUUAUACGGGGUGUACCACCAGGAUUGGCAGAAUUUCUCGCUCCACUUCAGAGGGAUGGCCUUUGCAGAAUGGCACCUCAACCCACUAGCAGUGGAUAUUGGACCAUUUACAUGAUUGAUCAUCAUAAUAAUUUCAGGAGCCCAAGUGCUAUGAGCAAUCGAUCUGGCGGGUAUUCUGGGGGCCAUGGGGUUAAUCACAGUCAACCCGAAAUUCAAAUUAUCAAGCUUCAUAAGUCUACUAACGGAAUGGGGCUUAGUAUCGUUGCCGCCAAGGGGGCUGGACAGGAUCGUCUGGGCAUUUAUAUCAAGAGUGUCGUAGCCGGAGGAGCUGCUGACGCUGACGGCCGACUAACAGCGGGUGAUCAACUGCUCAAGGUUGAUGGCCAGAGUCUAGUAGGAAUUACUCAAGAAAAAGCUGCUGAAUACUUAGUACGAACGGGACCAAUUGUAACACUUGAAGUAGCUAAACAGGGUGCAAUAUAUCAUGGACUCGCUACACUACUGUCACAACCAUCCCCUGUAAUGACUCGAGCGCAUAAGGCUCGUCCAAAGUCUGAACAGUUAGAGCAUCCACGCUUGGGUGACACGGCUCAACCAUCGACAUCCUAUUCAGUGGGUAACCUUCUAUCCACCCCAAUGCUAACCGAUCACUAUCAAGAGCGUCUGGUGGAUUGGGACACAGGGCCCGAGCGGCCCCAACCAGGUAUAUCCAACAAGACUCUUAAUCGUCAAAAUAUUCACAAUUCGUGUCUUAACAUAUAUCCAAUCGAUGAAUCCCCGAUAGAUGAGGAGUACUUAUGGCCGAAAAAUCAAACAUGGACCAAUAAACGACCAAUUCCUGUAAUACAAGAGCCUCAAAUGUUCCUAACUAUUCCGAGCCAUCUCGAGCGAUAUCCACCAUAUCCACCGCCACCAGAGCCAACUGUACCUAGUAAUACCCCUAUACAGGGGAAUAUGUCAAGGGGUGGGUUUUACAGUGAAGACAAGACUGAUCUGACAUUUCCAACCCUGACUUUUGAAUGCAAUGAUGAGGCAGAUAGUUGCCAGACAUUUUUGGGUAUUACCGAGUCAAUUCCCUUCAUAGAUCAGUUCGACGACACAUGCGACGGGGCCAAUGACGAAAAUAAGUUGGAAGACGAUAUAAAGGGUAACGAGACCAACUGUCCUAUUCACAAAGGCAUACACAGUUUACCAUCCCCUCAUUGCUGUUGUCACGCUCACAUUGCCCACUGUCAAAUGCACAAACUGUGCGAUGAAAAAUCACAGAAAAGCGGUCUAAAUCCGGAGGAAUUAAAGAAUCAAGAGGUGGAGAUCUCUGUGGUGGAAGAGAUGCCCUCGAAAAAAGACGUUGAACAUUCCGACAGAAAUAUAUCACCACCGAAAAUGCACACAAUAAUGCCGGAAUUAAAUUUAGAUCUGACUGGUUUAAAUAGCGAUGUCUCCAGCGAUGAAUCAGCAACAGAAAAAUGCUGGAAAUCCCCGGAGGAAAUUCGUCUGGGCUGUGGUAGAGUUGCUGCACUAGCUAAACACUUUUCACAACUCGGGGAAGCUGGCUUGAUUAAAUUCAAAUCCGUGAAACUUGGUUCAUCAAGGCAGUUUGUAUCUGAGCCGGAUAUGGCAUCUCCACGGGGCUUUAGUUGCGCCAGGAGACCACGGGAUAUGAGCAAAUCAGAGACUGACUUGUUGAAAGCUGACAAGAGUGUGGCAACAACACCUGAGAGAGAGUGGAGUAUGAUACUAUUGGACAUUCAAACGAAAAAUGAAAUCGAUGAAGGACAGUCUAGAAAUACUCAGAAGAGAAUGUCAAUGAGUCAAGAAUUGAGGAAGAGCGAGUCAAAGCUGUCGAUAGCUGAACAAGAGGAGAUCAUAAAACAGUUGCAAGAAUUUUGCAAUCUCGAUAAUGUCGAUGCACCUCUGUACAUUCCCAAUUGUGAUAACGAGAGAGUGAAUUCAAUGUCAUCAUCAUUAAAGGUGAAAGGUCAUUGGAGUACCUCCAACGAAGGAAUUGACAGGUCUAAGCUAUCAUUCAUGGAUCUCUCGGAAGGUCAGAAUACUGUUAUCAGGGGAAGCAUGAGUCUCGAUAAUUUAAAACAAGGAAAUUCUCCAACUGUCAUGAGCACAAUCAGCAUUCAUCCAGAUAAAAAAAUCAACAAAUUAGAAAAAUACUGGUCUCUCAAAGAUCUGAUGCCGAUUGAAGAACGAAAGAUUUCAAAAGUGACAUCUGAGCCAGGAAUAUUUCAUGAAGACAGAAAUUUUUUGUGGGUUAAAUCAAUGAAUGCGAACAAAUUGGGGAGAGAAAAUGUCACGAUAGAAAGCAGAAUAUCCAUUAGUGAAGAUGAUAGAGAUAACAUUGUCAAUAUUCCGGGGACGAGAGAGUGUGCCUCGAGCCCCGUGAAUUUUUCAUCAAUUGGGGAAGGACUUCCUAGAAAAACUAAAUUCCCGAAUUCCUUCAUAAAGACUAAAAUAAAGUCGAAAAGUGAGGAUAAACUCGCAGGCGAAAAAAUUUCUGAUAAAAUUGAAGCCAGUCAGUCACUCGAAAAUCUAGAAAAAUCUUCUGAAAUAAAGAGUCAAUCAGUGUUGAACGACGAAUUCAGGAGGAAGUUGUCGAAGAUCUCAAUGGAAACUGCCCAACGAUCAAAGAGACUGUCAUUCUCCUCCGAAACCGUCAUUCCCAUACGAAAUAGGGACUCUAAGAUAGCAAAGCCGAUAAAGAAGAAGUCUCUUAUGGUCUUGAGAAAAAAAUGUAAAAGCGAUCUGGAUGUUUCUGAGCGCAAACCUACCCCCAGGUUCGAGCGUGGUGACUGGAUAUUUCGUGAGUUUCCAUCGUUGGAAAUCGAUAACGAUCUCCGACCACGUCGCAUGAGCGAGCGCGAUCUGCCAUCACGAAUCGGACAUGAAACGACGCACCAUCAAAUUCACAGCAGCAAAUCAGUACCGGCACUUCACAACGUAGGAACAAUGGAGGGUAAGCAGCAGCACGAAGUCUUCAAUCCAGGCUACAGUCGUGCAUCAUCAAGUAACAGUGUAACCCCCCCAGUCCAGCCACCCCCAAUGCCCGCAAUGAACGGUGCAACUUCCCUCCGAUCACGGUCAAGCCACAAUCUGCAUGAUCCGAUAAGAGCAGGUACAUUGCCACCCUCGGGAUUAGUUAGUAGACAGCAAUCCUCACCAAAUCUUCAUCCAACGCAUCCGGGGAAUGUCGGAAGUAUUCAGAGCAACGAGGCGGAGAGAUUUUAUCAGAACCUAAGUGUCUACAGACAUCAGGAUCCCAAUGCCAAACAGCAACCGAGUCCUCCACAACCAUUGGACGAGAGGACGGCAUUGCAUAGCCAGAAGAGCUUACGGGGCUCCCAGAAUUCUCUGAAUCGACCGGCUACGGAUGUCAAUCAUCAAACGCUGUCUAGGGACAGGCCGAUUUCCGCUUAUAUUCCUCAAGGACAACAGCCUUAUCCCGGUCAGAUGCAGCAGCCGCGGUCACAGUCAUCUAGAGACAUUAUCCGUCAGGAGGCGAAGCUUCAGGAAAUGCAGGAGGAAGUUAGGAGGAGAGAAUUGAGGGGUGGAAAUCCACAGCUGGUGAAUCAGUAUCGACCAAAUGCGUACAACUCUAGACCAAUCACAUCAGGUCAACCUGGUAAUGCUAUCAGACCGGCUAGGCCACCAGUGGGAUCGACUCCAAAUCUUGCUGCCAAUUCACCAACAUACAAUUAUGGCCAGUAUGGAUAUAAUCAGUAUGGACAGUUCAAUAAUAAGCCGAUUCAAAAUCAGCAAUAUGCAGUUGUCCCGAAGAAGGGAGAUCCUGCGAGAAUGGGGCAGGUUCAUGGGAUUGAGCAGAACAGGGGAUAUGGAAAUGAUCAGGGACACUUGGCUGAGCAGAACCGGUUGUACAUGGGGAGUCAGUAUUCUAAUGGACAGUAUCCAAGCGAAGGAAUGAGGGGACAGAAUGGCGGUGAGGGUCACGGGGACGAGGUGUUACCACCUGUGAGACCUGCUUUACCGGAGGACAGUGGUUACAGGGAGAGUCCACCACCACCACCGCUCAACACUUCUACCCAUCCAUUGUAUACGAAGCAGACUGAUUCUGGGUACACGGCAAGUAUGCAGGAUCCUCCUCGAGGCAGUUACUAUCCUGCAACGACAACUACUCAGCAGCCCCGUCAAUACCAAUACAAUGCGACAAACCCCUGGCAACGGGAGGAACGUGAAAAAGAACAGGCGCGUCGUCGUGAGGCUGCAAAGCUCUGGCGAGAUCAACAGAUCGCUGAAUUAUCUGCAUUACUAAGCAGAACGCCUCAACAAGAGGAGCAAUUGCGAGCACUGCAACUAGAGCGUGACUUCCAGAAACGUGCGGAGGAGGUGGCUAAUCAACAAGACGAUGACGACGAGAGUACGGAAAUUGAUAAUGAAAGUGCUCAGAGGGUGCAGGGACUCUUGAGAAUGGCAGCUUCCCAGGAUCGAAACAAUCAAACGAAUUUAUCAGUAUUAAGAACAAGCACUAGUAAUCAGUCGAUGAGAGGGCAGCCGUUGUCACCUCAACCUGUGGGGAGUCAACUGCAAUCAACGAGUGUCUCUUUGCAUACGGCCACCAGUCAAGGACAGCAGGGGGGUAUCUAUGGAGGGAACGAAGUAAAUACGAUGAACAUCGGGUCCUCCAUGACUUCGAGCUAUACUUCCGGCCAAUUUCCCGGAAAGCCAUUGCCGACUGGCUACAGCGAGGACCGCGAGCGUCAGAGAAGGUUUGAGGAACUCAAGCGAAAACAGAACGAGUUUGACGAGAACCAGAAGAAGAGGGAGGAGGAACUCAGAAUGCAGCAGGUGUACAACAAGAAUCAGCUUCAUCCCGGAAUGCUCAGGCUUGAUAAUCUUGUGAUUAAUGGACCUAGUUCACCGCCGGGUGAGGCACCACCACCGCCUGAGAGGGGCUCCAGCUAUGCAGUUAUGUCACAGCAGAGUGCUAUGAGAUCGAACACCUCGAGUGCAUCUAAUGUUCCUAUUGGGCAGCCUGUUGUCACCACGAAGAGGGUAUCGUUUCACGAUCCCAAUGCCAAUAUCGAGACGAGGAAUACUGGGAUAACCAGCAAUCCUUCAUCCAUGACUGGUAUGGAUACUAUUCGGGAGGAUCCUAAUAACUUUAUAAAUGACGCGGAGAUACUGUUGGCAUCUCCAAAGACUCCAGAAGGCCCUGGUGGGCCCUUUUCCACCGCAACACCAGGGGUUAUAGGAGCGCAGGAAGUUUACAAAGACCCCAGACAAAAACGAUUGGCUGAAAAACAAAAACAACAGUUAAAUUCCCUGGGAGAAGUCCCCGAAAAGCUGAGUUUCAAAGAAAAAAUGAAGAUGUUUGCAAUGGAGACGGGUGAGGAUGGUACCCCCAGGGACAAAGUGAAAAUAUCCCGGGCCCAAAGGGAAAUCGACAAUAUCGGAAAUCCACUGAGUCCAACAAACAACAAUAACACUAAUACUAGAAGUUAGAUGAAUUUUAAAAAAACAUGUAAAUACCUUCAAUUAGGAAGAAGACAGUAUUUUCUUUUUGUUUAUUUUCUGUUAUUCGAUGAAAAAAUCCAGAGUCUAAAGGAUUUUCAUUUUGUUGCGAUACUCUUGCGAAUUUUGUUAACGUUUGAAAUCGUUUAUAUCAACUGUAAAUCGAUUUUAAUGACGUAUAGAAUCAUGAGUUUACCAGAAUUUGUGUGAAUAAUCAAAUUGCUUCAAUUUUUUUUUAGUUAUUAUUUCAGAAUAUUUUUUUAGUGAAAAUGAUUAUUAAAAUGAACUAAUCAAAGUACAGUCGUCAGUUUUACUCGACGUAUUUCAUUGAAAUAUAUUUAUUAUGAAUCAAACAUAAUAUUUAUAUUUGAUAUAACGGCAGAUCUAUUAAAAAUAAUAUUGAAGUAAAAGAAAAGAAAGAAAUAAUUGUGGUAGGAAUUCUAAAAUUAUCAAGAAUCAACAAUUUAAAAAUUAGAGAGAGAUUAAUUAAUCAUAUUAAUAACUCGAUAAAUCCACAUUCCUUGCAAUGAAAGAAGGGCAGCAUAUCUCACCUCAUAUUUUCAAAAACCUUUUAAAUAUUAUCCUCAAUAUGUAUGUGAUAUAAGAAUAGGAUUUUGUUUAUGAAGAUUGAGAUUAAUGACGAAAAUUUUCACAAAUUGUUUGAUUUUCAUUGAUAGGAUAUAGAAUUGGCCCUAGACAUAACGUCAAUUAUCUACAGAUAUACAACAUUCUUUUUUUUUAUUAUUAUUUAUUGCUACAUAUUUUCAUUAAGUUUAACAGCACCGAAUAGUGAUACGUUGAGCAGCUUGUUAUCAUACUUUUUAUAUUAAGUAAUUGAAAUGAUGUGGCUAGCUGAAAUGGUCUCACGUGGACAGCCAUAAGACAGAUAAAUACAAAUCUUUUAAUAAACAGAUAUUAUUCUAUCGUAGACAUUAACAAUAAUGAAAUUUGUAGCCUUACCGAUGUUAUAGAGAGAUUAUUUUAUCUCCUAAAUAAGUGUACUUUAACAAUUUAAAACUCCAACUUCAGGCAUGAUUUUUAUAAGACGAGAGAUGAAACAAAUGUGGUUACAUAGAGAUGAAUUCCCUCCUUAUUAUGUAUAGCCUAUUUACUCAUUGCACUAUAUUUUGUAUUACUGUUUUUCAUUAUGAGGAUUUAUCCAGAGGGUUGAGAGGAGGAAUUUAGGACAAUGGAAAGACAUGUUUGCAAAGCAACUAUAUCAAUAUUAGUACACAGUAUAUUUGAUCAUUAAUGAACUUUCGAAUAUGUUGGUAGAUAAAUAGUCUUUAGAAAUUGCUAUAUUUUUCAAUUAUAACGUUGUGUAAUUAUUUUGUAAAAGAUUAUAAUAUUGGAAGACGAACAAAAUAAAACUCUUGAGUAUUCAUGAA